AGACUUCAGGUUGGUUUUUUUUUGGUUGUUGUUGUCGUUUUGAAUUGUUUCUGUAUUCAAUUUUUGUAUUCUUUCAUAGCCUUUUUGGGUGUUUUUUAAAACUAAAUUAACAUGGCUCGAAUGAACCGCCCUGCUCCUGUGGAAGUUACAUACAAGAACAUGAGAUUUCUUAUUACACAUAAUCCAACCAAUGCAACCUUAAACAAAUUUAUAGAGGAACUUAAGAAGUAUGGAGUUACCACAAUAGUAAGAGUGUGUGAAGCAACUUGCCACACUACUCUUGUGGGGAAAGAAGGUAUUCAUGUUCUUGACUGGCCUUUUGAUGAUGGUGCAGCCCCAUCCAACCAGAUUGUUGAUGACUGGUUAAGUCUUGUGAAGAUUAAGUUUCAUGAAGAACUUGGUUGCUGUGUUGCUGUCCAUUGUGUCGCAGGCCUUGGCAGAGCUCAGGUGCUUGUUGCCCUAGCAGUAAUUGAAGGUGGAAUGAAAUAUGAAGAUGCAGUACAAUUCAUAAGACAAAAGCGGCGCGGAGCUUUUAACAGCAAGCAACUUUUGUAUCUGGAGAAGUACCGUCCAAAAAUGCAGCUCCGCUUCAAGGAUUCCAAUGGUCAUAGAAACAACUGUUGUAUUCAAGAAAACUGGGUGCCUGAUGCCAUUGCCUUGGAAGUGGAAAUUUAG